CGAACCACAACGCUCAGAUAUAGUAUAAAUUUAAUAGAAACUGCCCAGCUCAUCAUCAUUUGUGCUUUGAACUUCUUGAGUGUAAAUUGCUCGUGCGCUGACGAACGAGAAAUUUUGUUGCCCAACACACUAAACAAAAAAAUACAAACUAAAAAUGAAAUUCUUUGUGUUUAUCGCUUUGGCUCUGCUCGGCUGCGCCGCUGGCGCUCAGCUGCCCGAUUCGGCAACGCAGGGACCCAAUCCCCAGGACAUUGCCACACCCGAACCGGAAUAUAUCGACAUUGAGGAUCCAGCACCAAAGGCACAAGCAGCUCGUCCCGCUGCUCCACGUCCUGUUGCCGCUGCUCCACGUCCCGUUGCCGCCGCUCCACGUCCCAUUGCUCGUCCCGUCGCUCAGUCCUUCGCUCAGCAUGUGCAGCAUGUUGCCCAGCCCAUCAUCAUGCACUUCCAGCAGCCAAUUGCUCAGCGUGUGCAGUAUGUGCAGCCCCAGCAGCAAUAUCUGGCUCCUCAGCAGCAGCAGUUCCAGCAACAGGUGUCAGGACAUGCGUACAACAGCCAGAGCGGCUACCAAUACCGUCGUCCAGUCUAUGUAAGACGCUUCUAUCGCCAGCGCUAUUAGAGAGGCGCCAAUUAAUUUUUUUUGCACUAUUUAAUAUAAUAAUUUACGACCUUUAACUUUGUACUUGCCGUUUUUAUUUACUCAACAAUUCUCUUCUCUCUUUCUCUCUCUUUCACAAUCAUUCGCCUCGCUCCCGCCCCCCACGCCAUAUCUCUAUCUGCAUGGAACCGCAUCGACACUCUAGCAUUAACCAAAUACCAAAACUAUCUUAAACCCAGCACAUAUAUCACGCUCCACUACGCACCACCAACACACACUUUGACUAUCAAAACUUUACACACUAACAAAGACCCUAAACCAAGACGUUUUUUAACUUUUUUUUCCCACGCAACGCUUAGCUAGUAAAACAAAUCAAAAAGUACAAAGAGACAAAUGAAGUUCUGAAGACACACUACGAAAAUCAAAGUAUUCCAAAAAAGA